UCAUUGUUCACGGCUUGAUUUCUUUCUCUCUCGGCUGGAAUUCGCGUGGAAAUUUGCAUUUCACUUAGCUAUAUUUCUUUUUUUCUUAUCUCAAGGUUCYCAGAAGGCAGGAGCGGAUGCUAACUUYUCAAAACAAACCCCAGGAAAUGUUGAUGAUUUGCUUAUGAACACGCCGCCGAAUCGGCGAGCACCGACUUYAAAACUCKCAUCUAUUAAAGAGGAUAAAGCUGGAAGCAACCUUACUUCAGUCGAYAGGCUUUUGACAUUCAGUCCUGUAGCUAAGGGCGCUCAGCCAGCUGAAACAGAGACAGCAAAACCUCCAUCGCCAACAGAAUCGAAGCUAACCAAAGCAGAUGAUGCGGCAUUAGUUCAGCCUCUUCUCUACAGUAAAAGUGAUAUAGAAACCGCCGUCAAGAAGGAGCGUGAGGCUCUCCUAAAACAGACUCACGAAGAGUCUCAGGUACGAGACAUGGAGAUCCAAGAUAUCCUUAGCAAACUUCAAACAGAAGUUGAAAAUAACUCGAAACUGAAGCGAGAGAACGAUGAACUCAAGACUGUAAUGAAAGAAUAUGAAAAAACAAUGGCAGAGAUGAUCGAGUCGACCGAAAAGGAUAAAAAUAUGGCAGACGAGUCCAAAAAUGAAAUAGUAAAAGAAAGAGAUCAGUUACAAGCAGAUCUCAAUUCUGUAGAAGCAGCGUUUUCCGAUCUACAUCGACGUUAYGAGAAGAUGAAAGGAGCUUUGGAAAACUUUAAGAAAAACGAAGAGAUUCUUAAAAAAGCAGCUCAGGACUACCAAGAGAAGCUACGGAAAUCCAGCGAAAAAUACCAAAUGCUUAAAAAACACGCGGAAGAAAAAAUAGAAACAGCAAAUAUAGAAAUAAAUAGAGUGCGCAGAUCGAAUGAUUCCGAAAUGGCUGUCAUGAGAGCAGCCCUUAAAAAAGAACARAAUAAAAGUGCAAGUCUAGAACAAGCUGUACAACAAAAGAUAAACGAAAAUAAAGAACUCACUGCUAUCUGCGAUGAACUAAUACAAAGAGCAAGUGGAAAAUAGAGUUGUUUUGACUAUAAUCACAGUGAUUAUUCUACACACAUUUGUACUGAAAGGAAUUCACAAUAGCAGCUCCCUCACUCAAGGCACAUAACAUUUUGUGACGGCAUUGUCCCUUCCUCCUUAAAGAGAAUUGUUGCGUUGUUCAUUCAAACAAACAAACACUUGUCAUGUAUGCAUUGUGAGCUUGCAAAUAGACAUGUAGGAAGUAGAGUUUGGGACUAAAUUAAAAGAUUUAACUUGUAUAUAAAAUAGUUAUCCCAAAUUGUGGUUUGCAUUGUAAGCCUUGGUUAUUGAAUGAUUAAAUUUGAAUAAACAUGUGAAGAUUUUGGAAAA